AUGGCUGGCUUUGACACAUUGGAGGUCAAUCAUCUUGUUGGCAAGAUGGAUGGAUAUCGAGUUGGCGCCAAUGGCUAUUGUUCACCGCCACAGACUCCUCCUGACACCUCAUACCUCGGCUGUGUUGAGUGUGAAUCGUGCUGGUCAUCAAACACUCCUUGGGUGCAAUCAGCUCAUGAAGCCGCUCAUAGCCAUCAUGACUUCGUCUUGACGCCAUCCACUGACCCAGAUAUAGCCGUACAAAUUGAGGAGCCAGAACAGGAAGCAUUGGAGGAAAGUCAUCAUAGGAAGCAGUUUUCUGCAGGUGUUGGCAAACGACUCAGCGGACGUCCACCUAUCAUUGGUGCUAACUCCUCUAGGACGUCCCUCUUGAGCCAGAGCAGCCUCGAGCCUCUGGCCAGCCUAGCGAGCAAUCAAUCUUCUAUUCAAGGCCAAGCUGAUCCUGAUGCAUCCGGUGUGCACCACCACCAUCAACACCUGAGCCAGAGGCUUGUUGCCCAGGUUGCUGAAUGGCUAGAGUCCGAGCGGGUUAAGAAGGGCAACAGGAAGUCAAGACGGUCUCGUUACGGACGUCACAGGCAUGCGCCAACCGACGAAGAGGCUGUUGACCAAUCUGCAUCAUCAGCCGCAGCGCCAGUGGAAUCCACGCCCAAGCACAACAGAUCUUACUCAAUCGAUUCGCAAAACAGCGAUAUCUCACUGGAUAGAUUGCAAAAGAUCCUCGAUGAUAGCAUGAGUGCUCUUGGACUCAGCUCUGUGCCACACUAUAUCCCUCGUUCACACAGCAAGAAGGCACACAAGAAACGUUCCUUGUUUCACUUGCACCGAACCGCCUCCUCAGACACAGAGUUCCACGACGGAGACGUCCUUGUGCCCAAGUGCGAUGCCUGGUUGGAUAACUCCAAAACCAUGAGCUAUGGAGGCGGAAAGGCUGCAGACGAUGAAGUGUCAAUCUCAAGUCGCAAGGAGGAAAAGGAGCGGAAGGCGUGGGUAAAGUUCAAGAACGAGAUCAUCCGCAUCACGCAUACGCUCAGAAUCAAAGGCUGGAGGCGUGUGCCCCUGGAUAGUGGCGACAACAUCGAUGUGCAACGUCUCAGCGGUGCCCUUACCAAUGCUGUAUACGUUGUGUCCCCUCCGAAGGAUUUGGCGGAGAAGACGGAGCCCGGAAAGAAAGCACCGGCGAAAUUGUUGCUCAGAGUAUACGGACCACAGGUUGAAAAUAUUAUUGACCGCGAGAACGAGUUGAGCGUACUUCGUCGCCUUGCUAGGAAGAAGAUUGGCCCGCGCAUGCUGGGAACAUUUGAAAAUGGCCGCUUCGAGCAAUAUUUCAACGCAAUCACCCUCACAGCAGCGCUCAUUCGUGAUCCUGAGACGUCCAAACAGAUAGCAAAGCGGAUGAGGGAGCUGCAUGACGGUGUAGAGGUCCUGGAUGAGGAGAGGGAAGCCGGCCCAGGUACAUUCAAAGCUUGGGACUCGUGGAUCGAAAAUGUCGAGAAAGCCAUUACAUACUUGGACGAGAAAAUCCUGUCUGGGGAUCCAGGCCCGAUCCGGGGUCCCGCAGAUUCCUGGAAGAAACGCGGUCUUGUAUUGGGCGUUGAGUGGCCAAAGUUCAAGGAAACGUACAUGAAGUAUCGAGAAAAGGUGGAGGCUUAUUACGGCGGCUCGCAGGGAGUCAAAGACCAACUCGUCUUUGCUCACAGUGAUACUCAAUACGGAAACAUCUUGCGUAUUCAGUUGGACGAUCAAAAGUCGCCUCUACUGCAGCCCCAUAAUGAGCAUAAACAACUCAUCGUCAUUGACUUUGAAUACGCAGCCGCCAACACGAGAGGGCUCGAAUUUGCCAACCACUUUACCGAAUGGACUUACAACUACCACGAUGCCUCGAAGCCUUAUGCAUGCAAUACUGCAGCGUAUCCGACCCCAGACGAGCAGCGGCGUUUCCUCAAAGCAUACGUUGACCAUCGACCAGAGUUUCCUCACUCAGGCUCUACGCCCAAUCUCAGACCACUUGACAGUCCUUCCACGGAGAUUCCAGGGAUCUCUGUAGGUGCGUCACACAUGGCUGGGUCGACCAGCUCGAUUACAGACUUUAUGCUAGAUGCACGAGCACCUCCUGGAGGAUGGAAGGAGAAUGAGAAACGUCAAACGGAGCAGACGGAGAAGCAAGUCGAGCAAUUAAUGGAAGAGACCCGACUCUGGCGUGUUGCAAGCAGUGCAUUCUGGGUAGCUUGGGGUCUUAUGCAGACGAAUACUGAGAGUCUGCAAGAGUCAGAUAAGGCAGCCCAGGAGCCACAAAUCGAAGGUGCUCAGCCUGCGUCCAUCGCAGCCCCGGAGGAGUCAGGCGGCGAAUCCGAUGAGUUUGACUACCUUGCGUAUACCCAGGACCGAGCCUUGUUCUUCUGGGGCGACUGUAUUCAGAUGGGCCUGGCCAAGUUGGAAGACUUUCCUGAGGAUGUGCGUGCAAAGAUCAAGUUUGUGGAGUACUAG